AUGUUAUUAACACAAAUUGAUAAAAAUCUUAGAAUGUUGGACGAAGCAAAAAAUUGGAAUAAUCUAAAAGAGGAAUUAAGGAAUUUAGAGAAAGCUAAUGCGAUCAAAACGAUUGAUAAAAAUAAACGAGUAUCGAUAAUUAAUGAAGAUGUUAAAAAUUAUGAGUAUUUCAAAAAUCAAUAUUUUGAGACAAAAGAAUUGAUUGAAUUAGCGAGGAAAGAGGGUGACGAUGGAUUGUUAAAUGAUGUUGUUAAAGAUUUAGAAGUUGAUAAGAAUGGAUGUAUUAUACAUAUUAGUGCUAAUGCAGGAGGAACAGAAAGUCAUGAUUGGACAAUUAUGUUGUUUAAAAUGUACAAAAAUUGGGCAAUUAAAAAUGGAUACCAAGUCAAAUUACUGGAUUAUGUGGAUGGAGAUUCAUCAAUUGGAUUUAAAUCAGCAUCUUUACAAAUUAAUGGUGAGUAUGUGUAUGGAUGGUGUAAAUAUGAAUCGGGAGUUCAUAGAUUGGUUAGAAAUUCUCCGUUCGAUAUUCAAAAUAAAAGACAUACAACAUUUGCAUUAGUUAAAGUUUCGCCUGACGCGGAAGACGAUGACCUUAAUUUAAUAAAUAUUUCACCAACAGAUUUAAAAGUAGAAACAUUUAGAGCAAGUGGGCCAGGUGGGCAACAUGUCAACACCACUGAAAGUGCUGUCAGGAUUACUCACUUGCCAACAAAAAUCACUGCGCAGUGUCAAGGCUCAAGAUCUCAGCAUUCAAAUAAAGCGGAUGCUAUGAAAUUACUCAAAUCCAGGUUAUACAAUAAAGUUUUAGAAGAAAAACAAAUUGCAAAAAGACAAAAUAUAAAUAUUUCAAACUUUACUCCAUGGGAUCUUAGAACUGGUUAUGAAACUACACAGGUGGACAAUGUUUUGCUUGAUGGCGGAUUAGAUGAGUAG